AUGGCCUCGCACCUUAAGGGUCUCCAUCAGAUCAAGCUGGUCAAGAAUGAAAAGUAUCAAAAAUCUGGCUUGAAGUCAUUCGGCCAACUGGUCAGAAAAUGUACGUCUUUGGUCGUUACUCGACCAUGCGGCCGCUGAGCUUACACCUGUGCAGACGAGAUCACCCCGACCAUGCCCUGUCCUUUUACAGUGGUACACGAGCUCGUCGAAGAGGGCGAACACCAGUUCCUCAGAAGGUUUCAACCGAGGACACACAAGUCGAAUAGCAACACCGUUACUCACAUGGUAGGGAUUUUACAGCAGCCAGCAGACUUGAUGCACAGCGCUGACGACUGCAACAGGUCAAGAAAGACAGCUCCGGCAAGGUCGGCCAUGUCGAUACUGAAGAUGUUCAGAACGACUCCGAGUACCUUGCUCAGAUCCAAAUCGGCACUCCCCCUCAGACCUUGAGCGUCGACUUCGAUACGGGCUCGUCGGACCUCUAGGUCUGGUCGACAAGCCUCCCCAAUGACCUCAAGAAUCGGAACGCUGGCGCCCAUAAUCUUUUCGACCCAAGCAAGAGCAGCACAUGGAAAGCCUGCGAUGGUCGGUGGAAGAUUGGAUACGGCGAUGGCUCCACCGCUCAAGGCACCGUCGGCAACGACUUGGUCACUGUCGGCGGCCUCAAUGUUCAAAAUCAAGGUGUCGAGAUUGCUGCUCAGCUAUCCCAAUCUUUCGAGACCAACAAGGGCGAUGGAUUGAUGGGUCUUGCUUUUGUGAGUCGAAUCAAAUUCCAAGAUGACGCUAUUGCAUGUUGACAGCUUUUCAGGGCGUUCUCAACACGGUCCGACCGCAGCCAGUUCACACGCCAGUCGAGAACAUGAUCCUUCAGUCGGAUAUUCCGAAAGACGCCGAGCUGUUCACGGCCUACCUGACAAAUCGUAUUGACGGGGUGCCACCUUGCUACACGUUCGGAUACAUUGACCAAGUGAGUCCUUCGUCAUCGCCUUCUGAUCGUGGAGGAAAGUCACUGACGCCCCCAACAGUCCCUCGUUGCAGGCGGCACGAUCAACUACUGCCCCAUCAACAGGUCCCAGGGCUUCUGGCAGGUCGACUCCACCGCCGUGACUAUCAACGGCAACAGACUUCCCCUUGCGGGCAACUCGGCCAUCAUGGACACAGGCACGACCCUCGCCAUGGUCGACGAUCAGACAUGCAAGAACAUCUAUGCCGCAAUCCCAGGGGCCAGAUACGACGCCAACCAGGGAGGCUGGGUCUACCCAUCGUCGACGGACCGCAACAGUCUACCUGAAAUCCGCCUGGACAUUGGUGGUCACGACGUGAUCAUUGACAGGGAUGACAUUGGAUUCGCAGACGCCGGCGGGUGGAUCUACGGCGGCUUCCAAAGCAGAGGAAACAUGAGCUUCAGUAUCUUUGGCGACACGGUGCUGAAGAGCAUGUAUGCGAUUUUCGAUCAGGUGGGUUUCCCUGCUGGUUGAUGUUGAGGUUACGUUCUGCAUGCUGACAGACCGGCAGGGCCAAGAACGCUUCGGCUUCGUCCAGAAAGCCGAUUUGCAGGCUACUCAGUGCAAGUGA